ACGGCGCCAAACAGAACUUUGACACCAUCUAGCGGUUCAUUUAAACACAAACUUUUUAAUUCAAUCCAAUAUGUCAAUGAAACAUUGUCAUAUUUUGUUUUUGCUCACAAAAGUCGGCAAGAAAACGUGUAACGUUAAGCUACCGAGUGGCGGAUAAAGUAACAUCUUAUUUUGACUUCCUGCUCUGUCCGUGCCAUUUCUACUUUGCCGAGCCUGAGAAGAAAUCUCCGACAUGGACAGCAACAGAAAGAAGUUGGCAUUUAAGUGGAUACGAACUGCAGCUACCCCACCUGCACAUCCUCAGGAGAUAGAUGCUGGGUCAGGCACAUCCUCUCGCUGGAAUAUGUCGCCAUAUGAAGAUUCAGAUUCUGUGCCUCUCAGUGACUCUCCAGGACCUGACGGUCUUGGAGCACUGAGUCUGGAUACUCCCAAGAGAAAAGCAGUGGAACUCGGUGAAAGCAUGCCCUCUUCAGGCAAACGUAAGCUGAGGAAGCUUUCCAGGAGAAAUAAUGAACAUUUCAAGACUUCAGAAGAGAAACAUAUGGACGAAUCACCCAGACAGCUGGAAUCUACAGAGAGCCAGCAAGUGUCCUCACCUUCACCUCAAACUUUCGGCAUGAAAAAAAAAGAGAAGACACCUGAAGAGGUAUCAAAGGCUAUCUGUAGGAGGGCACUGAUAGCAGCCAUUGGCAGCACAAGCACUACAGAUAUCCACAGGACUAGCCUGUCUUUGUCUUCACCAGUGAGGACUGAAGCACCUAGUCCAGUGGCACUUGACAGAGCGGUCACAAAUUUCAAAUGUUCCUCAGUCAAACCUGAGAAUAAAUCUGAAGAUAACAGCACUGCCCAGGAAGAACAGUGGGACAACAGCACAGUCCAGGAAGGACAGUGGGACAACAGCACGGUCCAGGAAGGACAGUGGGACAACCGCACUGUCCAGGAGGAACAGUGGGACAACAGCACAGUCCAGGAGGAACAGUGGGACAACCGCACUGUCCAGGAGGAACAGUGGGACAACAGCACAGUCCAGGAACAGUGGGACAACAGCACAGUCCAGGAGGAACGGUGGGACAACAGCACUGCCCGGGAAGAACACUGGGACAACAGCACAGUCCAGGAGGAAUGGUGGGACAACAGCACUGCCCGGGAAGAACACUGGGACAACAGCACUGUCCGGGAAGACCAGCAGUCCUCCCUCCAGAUGUUUGAGGACACUGAAGGCCAAGUUGAGGUCUCGAGGCUCAAAACAGACAGAAGAUGUGUUGUGCUAAAAGGAGAAGAUUCGCCCAAGAUUUUUAUAGCUCCGGACCCCGUGUUUGUAUAAACAACCUCUCAAGACAAGUUAUUUGCUACAGAAAAUGGACCAGAAGCCGAGGAUUGUGACUUGUCUUUCCCUGAACUGGAGUAUAUCCCAGACUCUCUGUCUUGUUUCAUGACUCCUCAGAGUGGCUCUUUUGACAGCCAACAAUGGAGAAGUCCUUCAGUGAGUAUGCAGGGAGCUACAACUUCCUCUUCUACCUUUUUAUACACUACUGAAACGACUGGGUCUGUCCAGGCAGCUGCUGAGCACCUGGAGAUGUCUUUCUCACUGCCACAGAGGACAGUUUUUGUCUCAGCCAAGCAACCCCACUCAUCAAACACGGCCCCUUCAAAGGCAUCCAGGGCUGAGACUGGAAGUUUCCGCUCGCCCAACAUUAGGGCGCAUUUAACAGAUCCCUUUGCUCUGCCACUACACUCAAACAGAAAAGCAUUGAACCCUCACAUGAACUCCAGAACAUCACGCAGGCGGUCAGAUGUUGUCUCCUCCAUGUGUCACCCCUCCCACCCCUUUACUCACAGUGGCACUCCUAAAAGAAGAUUAUCCCAGGGGGCAGAGCCUAUGUGGACCAGUUAUCCCAAACAGGACAGUCAGGUUGGCUUCAUAGACUCCCACUGCCACAUAGACAUGCUCUAUGGCAAGCUUGGCUUCUGCGGGACGUUCAGAAGCUUUCAAAGGAAGUACCAAAGCAGCUUCCCUCCAGAGUUCAGAGGCUGUAUCGCCAACUUUUGCAACCCAAGGCUCAUGAUGAAGGAGGCCCUGUGGGAAGGUUUGCUGGCUGAAGACAUGGUGUGGGGGGCAUUUGGCUGCCACCCCCACUUUGCCAAGUACUACACAAGUGUCCAUGAACGCAAUAUACUGAUGGCCAUGCAGCAUCCAAAAGCUGUGGCAUUUGGCGAGAUUGGCCUGGACUACUCCCACAAAAACUCCACUGACACCCCCAAGCAAAAAGAGGUGUUGGAGCGUCAGCUGCGUUUGGCUGUGGGCAUGAAGAAGCCUCUGGUGAUCCACUGUAGGGAUGCAGAUGAUGACCUGCUAGAAAUCAUGAAGAAGUGUGUCCCAAGGGAUUACAAAAUUCACAGGCACUGUUUCACAAACAGUUAUCCAGUGAUUGAGCCCUUCCUGACAGAGUUCCCCAACUUGUAUGUGGGUUUCACAGCCCUCAUCACCUACCACAAGGCCACCGAGGCCCGAGAUGCUGUCCGCCGCAUCCCUCUCGAUCGCAUCGUGUUGGAGACAGAUGCACCAUAUUUCCUGCCAAGACAGGUGAAGAAAGAUGUCUGCCAGUUUUCACACCCUGGAAUGGGCAUCCACACGCUGCGUGAGCUGAGCCUGCUGAAGGGGAAAGACAUGGCCACAGUGCUCACCGCUGUCCGAAACAACACCAGUCAACUCUACGGUAUAUGAUCUUCAGAGAUGGUGGGUAAAAGUCGCAAAACAAAAAAAGAGGUGACAGAAUCAAAGGUUUUGGAGCUGGUUUGUGACUUUAACAUUUCAUGUGGCUUUUUGUUUUAGAUUUAUCAGUCCUCCAUGUAGAGCUGUAGGAAUAUGGAGGAGUGGUCUUGUUUUAUCUGAAAGACUCAGAAAUAAAAGGCAAAAUAAAGCAAUGACCGAAAGUAAAAUGUCCCGUCUGAUAGAGAUACUCUGUAUUAUUGUUUAUCUGAUCAUAUUUCACUUCAUUGUUCAUCAAAGAAAUUAAUUCCUGAGUAUUUUUGGUUUUAAGUUCUUGUUGUUUUUGCUAUGUUGACAUAAUUUGACAUCCCUUGUUUGUUAUAAUUUGUUUGGAUGUCCGUCUUGUCCAGCCGCUGUGGAAUUUAGUUUGGUUUAACACAGUGGAGAUGUAUUAAAAAUCUUUAAUCCUA